AUGUUUGCUCCAGAAUUUCGGGAUUCGCCACCCUCUACAGAUCUCAACCUUGCUAACAACGAACAACUUAUGGCAGAUCGCAGGCGUCGGGCUGCCCUACUUGUUGCUCGACUUAAACAAGAACAAUUCGCAGGCUCCUCGCCUCCCUCUACGAUCGCUGAGGAAGCUUGUUUCCUUAGCACAGUCUCAACUUCCGACAGGCCUCAGACGGGAAAGAACUCUGAUUGUAGAUUCAAUUCUAAUUCCGAUCCAGCUUCACCGAAUCCAGCAAUACCUCUGGGAUUGGAUUCUCUCCAUUCCUUAUCUUUGCCAUUAUCGGCACGGCCUGACUCUGUGUCUAUCGCUGUGGCUCAGGCUGUUGUAGCCGGGUUAAAUAGGGCUGCGGUCCGCCACGAAUCAACAGACCCUUUUUUGUUUGAGCUCAAUCACGAUGAAAGCAGUAGCAAUUCUAAUCUAGUUGACCUAAAGGAUUGUCCUGUCCAAAAAAAGAAAAAGCAUAGAUCUUUUAAACAGGAAAAUGGACAUCGAUCAGGAUCAAAAUCUAGCAGGUUCACUAAGAUGACUCAUAGACAUGAGAGAACUCCACCAGCAGCAUACAACGCAGACACACGUACUCUUAAAACAAAAUAUUCUAAAUACAUACAUCAAUAUAGCUCUCGCUCACCCUCUUCCCACUCAUCUGUUAAUUGUGAAUCAGAUGCUUCAGAGAGCAAAUCAUUACCUAGAUCUCGCAGUCACCAUUCCCGAUAUGAGGACCGUCCUGGACAUAAGCGACAUCGGGAUUGA